AUGCCAGAUGUUCCGCUCGAUCGUGGCGUGUACAACUCCUUCUCGGAGACCUUCGAGAACGACAAUGCCGACAUGAUGUACGGUCAGUCAUCCGAGAUCGACUGCUCCGUGGGCGAUGCCUCCAAGCUAGCGCAACAAGAGGACUGUUACGCAGCCCUUGCGACAGGCAUGAUGCAUCCAGUUGUGGGUCUCCUACAGGGAAGAAACGGUGGGCAAUGGUGGGCUUCAAUCGAAUACGAACAAGACUGGACGGAGGAUUGUCUCGUAGGUCUCACGGAAGUUCUGAAGGCUGCAUCGGGCAUCCUGAAUACUUGCAAGGCCCAGGACAACGGCGGUGUGGGUGGUUCCCGAAAGAUCCGCAACGACGGCAAAUGCAAUGCGACGCUUCGCCUCGCCAAUACUGAGGGCAGAGAACCACCGCAGGACAUGAGUCCUUUGAUUCCGAAGCAUUGA